GUCCACAAUAGAUGGUGAAUGAGAUGUCCGUUUGGUCUUGACUCCCACAACCGCCUAUAUCUUGAACCACAGACCCAUUCUCGUUCUUCAUCUCCGACUUUCCCACGCAACUGCACUCUCGGUCUUCACCUCCGACCUUAUCCUCGGUCUUGUUCGACGUUCCUACAACAUCCUGACGGAACCAAACCAGCAAUAGAUCCUCCUAUCAAAAGCCGUCAGUAUGUCUGCUGUCGCGACUCCGAUAUUCUGCUGUGGCGCAGCAUCUCCAGUCGUUACCGCCUCCAGCAGAAAGCUUCACUAUGAUCCGAAUCGAGAGCUACAUGAGACGAUAUUUCGCUCAUUCAUCGCCUUCGCUAUCCGCCAACACCAAGAAGCAGACCGUCAAGAGAAAGCCAGCAUUCAAGCUCAAGAACUUCUUCAACUGCUUAUGAGUGCUCUCAAUCCAGACUCCAGACUCUCAACUCCACAGUCCUUCGAUUCCACUCCUGUUUCACGCUCCCCGGUUUCUGGAGCCAUGUUUGCCCCGACGCCACCAUUCCAACAGUCUGGUCUGGUUUCUGCACUUGCGACGACGCAACAACAAGCACCUCCGGCACCAGUCCUCACUGAGGAAGCCCUCAAGGACAACCCUCUGGCCUCAAACCCCCCAUAUGCGAUUCACCUCACUUCCCGUCACGAUUUCGGCCCUGUCUAUUCGCAUCGUUACUUCGUCUGUCCCGAUGAUUUGUCGCAUGACUGGGUAGAGGCUUCACAGGCACAGUGGUUUGCAAAAGGAGCAGACUUCACCAUGAAGGCUGAGAAGUGGGAUCUGAAGUGCACAAAGGAUUCUCGGUUUUUUCGAUUGACUUUGAGGCCAAACUUGCGGUUGAGAGGAUGUUAUUCUGCACCAACACGCACAACUGCCGCAAAGCAUGUUGCAUAUCAAGUGGUCGGUAACCGAACAGGAGUUUAUGAAGGAGAUCAAGCUGCAUAUCCAAUAGUCGAUAACGGAUCAGGAGUUCUUGGAGGUCAUGCUGCAUAUCCAAUGGCUGGUAACGGAACAGGAGUUCCUGAAGAAGCUCAAGCUGCAUAUCUAAUGGCCGGUAAUGGAACAGGAUUUCACAAUAGAGGUUAUGUUGCAUAUUCCAUGAUCGGUAGCAGGGCAGGAUUUCUUGGAGGAGGGGUUGUGAUGCCACAACCGGUAUCAAACUUGGAUAUGGAGCAGGCCUCGUCUUCGGCAGUUGAGUGUGGCGGUGAGGAUGUCUUAUACGACAAUGUGAAACGAUACUGGUGAUGCUGGGGUCAAAAGAGUGAUUCGAAGCAAGGACGUGCAAGCUUGUAUGAUAAGUGUGUGGCUUGAGCAAUUGGCUUUUAGUUUGAGGCUGUCUGUUAACCGGAUAUUUUGGAGGCGUUGACUUGUUCUGCGAUCCUUAUGAACAUUGGUUUUGAGAUAUCACAGCUAUACCCUCCUUUGUGGGGGCUGCUCAGAUAUCAAUGCGGCGAACUUUGCAUCACAUUCUUUCAGUAUCAACAUUGAAAAGCUUCUUCAGCAUUGUCCACAUGAGAUCCGAGUGAGAAACUGACGCUUUGCAAACGUGAACAUGAAAUACAUCAAAAGACUAACACAUCCUGCAGCAUUGUCUCAGCCCGGCUAGGACUCUAACUUCAGAAGCUUAACCUCGUCUUUAUUCAAGAAGAGACUGACCAAACACUCGUUUGUCCAUAGUUCAUUAAUAUCAAUCAAAAUCACCGACAGAUGCGGGCAAAUGCGAGCAUAGAAAU